CAUUGGGUCGCAUCGCGGCUGAAGUCCGGAAAAUUCUGAAACCUCGCGGAAAGUGACUUGUGCAGCCAGAAGAACUGUGUGAUUAGUCGAGAAAGCAGUGACGACGGACGGAAUCCACGCAACGGCAAUUGCCAUUUGAACUUUGAACUCGAGGCGCCAAAAAACCAAAAACCCAAAAGCUAAAGCCCAGUGCCGCUAAUACUUUUUUUCCUGUGCGUACGUACGUGUGUGUGUGUGGCGGCCAUGAAAGUGCAAUAAAACAACAACACCAGCCAGCCCGCAUCUGCCACUCUGUGUGAGUCUCCGGAAGAAUUCGCCACGAGAAGACGAGGAAGCUUGAGCGCCAGAAAGCCGUCGGCAAACAUGCAGGCCACCAAAAUGCGUACCCCCUUCGCCAUCCAGGAGAUCCUCGGCCUGGGCGCCUACCAACAGCAGGCGGCGGCCGCUGCAGCCGUUGCUGCCACGCCCUCUGAGGCACCGCCCUCACCGGCAGCCACACCGCCGCCCCCGCCACGCACUCCGGUGGGUAAUGGUGGUGCCGGAGCAGCCGGCUCUGGGUCGCACCAGAUGCCCCACCAGCAGCAACAACAGCAACAGCCCAACCAGGCCAACCAUCCGCUCAUCGACGGGAUCAGGGACUCGCGCUCCAUAUCGCCGGAGGUCAGUCGGUUGUCCGCCGCCGCAGCAGCCGCCGCCGCUGCGGCCGCCCACUGCCAGCUGCCGGUCUUCAAUCCGGCCAACUUCUAUGCCGCCGCCGGCUAUGCGGCCGCUGCAGAUCCGGGCAACGCGGCAGCUGCCCAUCAUCACCAUAUGACGACACUGGCGGCGGCCGCCUAUCUCCGGGGCUUCCUGCCGCCCGGGUUCAGUACGCCGCACGAGUUCCGGGGUCACUUCCAGCAGCACUUUGGCGCUCAGUUUGCAGAACAAGCUGCCGCACGUGGCCAGGAUUAUGCCAGCAGCCUGGCGAACGCCAGCGGCGACGAGCAGUCGCCCAGCAAGGCCAGCAACUCGUCCGGAAACGGAUCCGGUUCGGUGGGUAAUGGAGCCGGUGGAGCGGCCGGGGCCGGUGGUGGAGCUGGGCAGGCCGGAACUAAUGGCCUGGGCCACUUGGUGGCUUCGCCGCCGAGCAGCAACGGAGGCUCGGCCGCCGGAGGAUCGUCAUCGGGUGUAGGCUCCGGGUCGGGAGGUGGAGCGGCUGGUUCAGGGAGCUCUGGCUCCUCGGGCCCUGGCUCCGGCAAUCCCGGCAGUCGUUCCUCGCCCGGCGGGGGUAAUCCCCACCAUGCCGCUCUGGCGGCCCACCAACAUGCUGCUGCCGCUGCAGCAGCGGCCCAUCAUCAUGCCGCAGCGGCCGCCGCCGCCCACCACGCCCACCAUGCUCAUGCCGCCCAUGCUCACGCUCAUGCCCAUGCCCAUGUGCACGCCCAUGCCCACCACGCGGAGGCAGCCGCUUUCCUGGGCGCUGCCGGAGGACCGGGAGGAAACCCCGCCGGCCUGCUGGGCGCUCACGCUGGGGAUGUCCUUGUGGGACCCGGUGGAGCCGGUCCCGGAGGCAAGAAGAAGAACAAGCGCCGCCACGGCAGGACUAUCUUUACCAGCAGCCAGCUGGAGGAGCUGGAGAAGGCGUUCAAGGAGGCCCACUACCCGGAUGUGAGUGCCAGAGAGCUGCUAUCGAUGAAGACUGGACUGGCCGAGGAUCGGAUUCAGGUCUGGUACCAGAACCGCAGGGCCAAGUGGCGCAAGACGGAAAAGUGCUGGGGCCACAGCACCAAGAUGGCCGAGUACGGACUGUACGGCGCCAUGGUCCGGCACUCGCUGCCGCUGCCGGAGACGAUCAUCAAGUCGGCCAAAGAGGACGAGUCGGUGGCCCCCUGGUUGCUGGGCAUGCACAAGAAGUCCUUGGAGGCGGCCGAGCUGCUCAAGAGCGAUGAGAGCGACCGCGAGACGCCCACCUCGGACGACACCAACACCAGCUACUCGGCGGGCAGUACCCACAACUCGCCCAUCUCCAGCUUCUCGAUCUCCCGACUGCUCUUCGACGCCCCCCCGCCGGGCGGCGCUGGAGGGAAGCCGCACCACAAGCACCACGCGGCUGCCCAUCAUGCCGCUGCUCAUGCCCACAUCGCUGCCGCCAAUGCGGCAGCUGCUGCGGCCGCCGCUGCAGCACAUCACCACCAGCACUUGCAUGGCGGCGGCGGUGGUGCAGGAGGAGAUAGUGCCCUCCAACAGCAUCACGCGCAACAGCAGCAACAGCCGGGCUCGGGCUCCGGCUCUGGAUCGGGCGGGCAGCAGGCCCAUCACCCGUACAACCAGCAGCAGCACCUGCACCACCUGCAGCAGCUCCAGGCGCAGCAACAGCAGCACCAGCAGCAGCAACAACAGCAACAGCUCCAGGCACAGCAGCAGCAGCAUCAUCACCACCACCACCAUCCGCUGCACCACCACAUGCACCACCAUGGGGCAGCCGGAUACGCUGAGGCGGCCGUUGCCGCCGCCGUGGCUGCAGCAGCCAAUGCCAGGAAUGCUGCAGCCGCUGCAGCAGCAGCCGCCGUAACCAUCGCCGAGUCCGAGCCAGAUGAGGAGCAAGACGACCUUGAGGAGAUGGACCUGGACAAGGAGGGCGAAGAGGCGGAGGGUGGUGGUGGCAGCCAUGAGACGGAUGCCGACGGCGACGGUGACGGAGAGAUCGACAUUUGCGAUGACCACGACGAGGAGGUGCGCCUGCAGGAGCAGCUGCUGCUGAAGGUCAAGCAGGAGCAGGCCACCGCCAGCGGGGCCAGAUGAAACAUGUACAUCGAUGUGUUGUUCUAAAAUGGAUAAUGGAUUAAUGGAGAAUACAACGAUUAGCCUGCAAGACCUUGCGAUGAACUUGCGCACAUUUUCUAAGAAUCUAAGAGAAGGAAAUUAAAAUAAACUACAAACCUUACGUAAUAUUUAAACUUAAAGAAAAAGAAGAAGAAGAAGAAGAAGAAGUAAUCGAGUAACGAACAUUUUUUUGCAUACACCUAAGGAGCACACAGAAUAUUAUUAACUAAAUACUAUAUAGGAUAUACCCUCGUUCGUCUCAUUACUCUAUAUUUUUUUUUUUGGCCGUUUGUAAAUAUUAAAUUACAUU